UAAAAGGUUCAGAUCAUACAAUUAGGUAACUCUCUUGUUCUCGUUGUUUUGAGUACCUUUGUACUACGGACGAGUUAUUUAGUUCCUCCGUUUGUAGUUGAUGUUUUUCAGUGGAAAUGACAAAUUUAAUCGUCCUAAUAUGUUCAAUUCUAAUAACAAUAUUUGUCACCGUCUCAGCCAGGAAAGAAAUCGAAGGACAAACCAUCAAAUUCUUCAGUGAAAAAGAUCUGAGAGUGUUUAUAAAAGAGAAGGACCACUUUGACGGAGUUUGUCGCAGGAAGAUCCAGUUUACGUAUGGAGUUGGUCCAACACAGCCUACACAGGACAAUGUCUAUGUCCCUUGCUAUGACAACUACGAUGAAAAAAAUGAAGGGAACAAGUACGUUAUAACACACAUUCUAUACAGCGAAAACCCCCAAACAGUCAUCAUCAUCACACCUAAAGGCACCUGCGAAAAGUACCACAACAACGGGGGCACUCUGGCAGGCCCGCAGACAAUCAAUGGAAUUCAGUGUGUAAGGAUCAAGCUCAAGACUAGAGGAGGUGUGGUCGGCAGUAUGAUGAGUAUUUUGCAUAUGAUGAAUCCUUCAAAUAUAUCAGGAAAUUCAAACAUUUCAGGCUCCAACGUUUCAGGUUCAGAACUGUCUGGGUUGUCCAAGGGUUUGUCCUAAGUGUACUGCUGAACACAUGACCUAAUAAAGUUUGUUCAAACAUAUA